AAAAUGAAAUUAACUGAUGAAUAGUUAAAUAUAUGCAAUAUUCUAUCAGCCAAAGAAAGGUUGUUGAGGGGAACUGCUUAUCGAUAGAUGGCGGUUCUCCCUUGGUCGUCUAAAAAUAAUGUCAACGUCCUUAACAGCCAUAAUCUAAAAUUAUUAGUAAUUGCUUCUAUCGUUUUAAGCACGCGAACAAAAUGGAAUAUAUGGGGUUAGUAGAGUAACGUAACAUAAAUGGAGCAACUAUUGCUUUUGGUAGAAAGAGGAAAACAGUAUUAAACGAUCAAAUACAGCUUGCCGGCGGGAUUUAAUGAAAUAGCUAUCCGUAAGUCGUUCCGACAUUACUCCCCCCGCCCUUAACGCUUUCUUCUCACGAUUUUCGUUUGGAGAUGAGCGGUGCUAUCCGUCUAAAUUUCUUAAGCGACACGACGACCUUUUGUUUCUCUUGCAAUCCUAUUAAGGGAGGAAAGUGAGUAGUUUAAUUCAAAUUGUAAUCUAGUUUAUAUGUAGGAGUGUUUUAUCUUUUAUUCAUUUGGGUAAAUCUUCAUUUUGUGUUGUCCAUAAGCAGAACUAACAAGAGUACAAAGCGACAGGGUGAAAAGCACAGAGAAAAGGCUCGCAUAAUUUAUGAAUAACGAUAGCUAAAGGGCCACCAGUUUUGCUGUCAGCACAACAGCUUUAGAUAACGUUCUCUCCAUCAUGAUAAAGAAAAUCAGAAGAAUUCUUGGCUUAGUGCUGGCAAACUUGAUUUUUUUAUUACUCUUAUUCUCUACAUCUAAUAAGCAACCUCUGACGGAAAAGAAAAUUCCUCAUUGGACAAUAAACUCUAUGCAUUCUUGCAAUAGAACAAUUACCCGUCUUCCAAAAGAUAUACAAGAUAGCGGUAAAGAGUGGACUGGGCGAAAUACUUCUUAUUUUUAUUCAGCAUACAAUGACUAUAGAACUAAUUCUGUAGUUAUCAUUUCUAUUGUUCUCACUGGAUCGUUCGACUAUUAUUGUACUCUCUGGUUUGAGCAGGAACAUAGAAUACGGGUAUCGAAAGCCAUAGUUGUCAUUAUUCCGGAUACUCACCAAAAAAGAUAUCUUGGAUCUUUCCUUAGAUGUUAUAAUCCUUCCAAAUCCAAGCCUUCAGCUGUAUCGAUAUCAUCUGCGCCAUGUAGUCGUCCACUGGUCACUUUACAGAUUGUUUAUCCUGAUAAAUUAGGGAAUAAGGAAAAGCACUGGUGCUUAUCUCCCAUACACGGUAAUCCGCUAACUGGCUAUUUAGAAGCAGUCACCCUUCAUAAAUUAAUCGGCAUAGACCGAGCAACUAUUUAUACGUCGAAUAAAACUGCAGAGAAACAUUUAAAGAAUCUAGACUGGAUUGACGUGAUACACUGGCAAAUUCCAGUUCAUGUAAACGACAUUCAUUAUUAUGGCCAAUGUGCCGCAAUCAACGACUGUUUGUAUAGGAAUAUGUUCUCCAAUCGUUAUAUGAUAUUUACUGAUUUAGAUGAAAUUUUCCUACCUCGACGAAAUAGUCCGGGGCAAAUUUUAUUUGAUAAACUUUUGUGGCAGGAUUUAGAUACCAUGCAACUAGAAAGAAAUAAUACAAUAUCGUCCUUCUACGGCAGCAGCUAUUUGUUUGGAACGCCUGAAAAUUUAACAAGUCUAGCCUCUGUAAACGUUGUUAAAAGAUAUCAGAAACCUAAUAUCUAUAGGAGAAAAUACAUUAUUAUACCAAACAGGAUUGACUAUUUGUCUGUGCACAAGACUUAUUCGUAUCCUAGCUACGAUGAGAUUUUUAUACCAAAGAGUAUAGCCAUGCUUCACCAUUAUAGGCGAUGCCCAGAACCAGAGACAAAUUGUUUAGGAGUACGUAAAAUGUAUAAUCCCAUUAUGAUUGAUGAAUUUGCCUUGAGUCUGCUAGAACCUAUUAUUUCAUUAUCUACUAAUUUAUCUAUUACUAUGCAAUUGCACUCUGAAUUUUCCUAAGUAAAUAUCGUUUACCAAUUCUACAUACAUUUUAUUUUCUCUUCUCUUAAAUUUUUGCAUUUUUUAUGUGAAUUAGUGUUAAAUUGUUAUCAGAAAAAUCUAAUAAAGAAA